UUAUUGUUAGCUGAAGUAUAAAAGCACACCACCAACCAUGGGACAUGUCUCAUUAGAGUUUAGUAGCAUAUCUCGUAAAGAUGUCUGCCAAGAGAUCAAAUCGAACAAAAUGUGUUAGCGCGUACGCUGCCGUUUCAUUAAUACUCGUGAUCUUUGCCAUCAUUCAUCUUGAAUGCAUAUAUGCUAUGUCUGUGGAUCGUUUAGCCUUAAAUCACAAUGAAAUUCAACAAAUAAAUGAUAAACGUUUAGACUAUAAUGAUGUGAUCCCGGAAAGCGAAAGUAUUUUAUACGACAAUAUGCAAUAUGUGCCAGCGAUUGAUCAAAACGGUCAAAGUGAUUUAUAUGUUUUAGUGCCAACCGAUAAUGGGGAUGAUGAAGAGAUCGUUUCAAAUUUUCUUGGUCACGAUCAUGGUGCGAUCACAGAUAACGGAAAAGCAGAAGAUAUGUUAAUGUUGGAAAGCGAAGAUGCACCCAUAGUGCAAAUCUUCAAAUUAACUAAUAAAUCAACUGAAAAUGAUCGAAUAGAAGAUCAUCCCGAAAAUCAUGAUAACAGUGAAAGCAUAAAAGAUGAACUUACAGUACCUAAGACAAUUGAACUGCCAUCAAUUAAUAAUAACGAACAUUUAGAGGACUAUAAAGCGGACGUAUUGUCUGAAACAGUUAAGGAAAUACAGCAUGAACUUGAAAGUGAAUUGUUAAACAAUAAACCUUUAAAUGAAAAUCCACAAAAUGAUCAAUUAGAAGCCCUAGAUAGUGCUAACAGCCAAGCGCCGAGCUUAGAGCAAACGAAAACCGAAGGAGCACAUAUAGAAUUUACAAAAAAUGAUGAAACCGAAGACGGAAACGGAGACGAAGACGAAGACAAGGUGGAUCAGCCCAUGAUCGGCGUAGCUCAAGAGGAAGGACCUACCGACGUUAGCGAUGAAAAUGAAAAAACGGAUACGAUGAGAGACAACUCUGAAUUAUCUGAAAUAUCAUCGUACUUGAAUGAAGAAAAUACUGAAAAUGCGAUAAAAAAUGAAGAAAUUCCGAAAAAUUCAGCACAAUUGACAAACCUUGAGAAGGAAGUGCAAAUCGAAAACCGUGACGAAAGUCUUAAUUUAAAUGAUGGAGAAAACAGGCCCGUAACUGAGACAUUGUACGCUCAGCAUCAAGACAACGGGGAAGCAGUUGAAACUUUAGAGACAUCCAAGAAUAUCGAAAGCCCUUUAGUUAAAGACGAGAGUUUAGAAAACUUUUCGGAAAAAGACACAAUUUCAAAUCUUACAGAUAUGGUUGAAGAAAUUAUACAAAUUUCCGAUAGUUUACAUUCCAAUGAAAAAGUCCUAGAACCGCUUACUGAUCAGAUUGCAAGUCACGCAAUCACUGAAAAUAAAGCCACAACUGAAAUACAACCAGCAGACAGGAUUGUGAUGGAAGAUGAAAUUUCAAAAGAAACCAAAACGAACGAAAAGGUGAACUCGGUUACGAGUAAUAGCAAAAAUGCCGAAGAUGACAUUUCCACUACUAAUAAGGAUCAAGUUCAUGUUGAAGAUUCUAAAGUUAUGAUAGCAUCAGAAUCAAUGAAAAUAGAAAAUCUUUCUCAGCAAUCCGAUGAAUUGAACGAGGAGGCAAUAACGGAAGGUAACGAAAGUAUUUUCACGGCGGGAAAAGUGAAAGAGGGAAUAGAAGAGAAAAUUAGCGAAAACGAUGAAAUGCAGAGCAUGCCUAUAAAGGACGAAAAAGCUAAUGCUAACCAUACAAUGCUAACUGUUAUCGUUCAAGCGCCACAAACACCUCCAACCGAGACGCCAGCAACCUCCUUCGACCACGACGACAUGAUAAGUGCUAGUGUUACACAAGACGAACUCUUAACGAUGAUGGCAAUAAGUGCAAGCACUUCAAAACCACUCCAUGUCAUGGACGGUGUUCUUAACUAUGCAAAUUCCACAUUCAUUAAUCAACAACAACAACAACAACAACAACAACAAGAACAAGAACAAGCAACAGAGAGCACCGAAGUAGUUUUCGGCUCUAAAUUAAGACGUUACGAUGGUGCUCAAGUCUGGCGUAUUGUGGUACAAAAUGAUAGAGAGAAAAAGCUGGCCGACGAAUUGCAAACUAAAUAUGGUGGACAGUUAUGGAAGGAAGUCAAACAAGAGGUUGACUACUUGUUGAAGCCUCAAGUUUUGGCUGAUGCCGAACGCCACGUUAGAAUUGCUAACUUAACACGUAUUGUGCUUAUCGACAACUUGCAAAACGUAAUUGAAGUGGAAAAUCCGCCAGCCGAACAAAUUGCACAAUUACAAAAUAGAAAGGGUCAUCGGCUUACUUGGCAAGCUUAUCAUCGUUUAGCAGAUAUUCAUGAUUUCUUUGAUUAUUUGGCUAAAACCUAUCCUGACAUUUGCUCCGUUGAAAUCAUUGGUUACUCUUUACAGAAGCGACCUUUAAAGAUUUUAAAGAUAUCAAAUGGCCAAGCGAGUAAUCCUAGCAUAUGGAUAGAUGGUGGUAUGCAUGCUCGCGAAUGGAUAAGCCCGGCUGCCGUUACCUAUAUAGCUAAUCAAAUUGUCGAAGGUUGGGAUGAUUUGCCGGCAUAUAUGCGUCAAAUGAAUUGGUAUAUACAUGCGGUAGCCAAUCCGGACGGUUAUGAAUAUUCGCAUACAACGGAUCGUUUAUGGCGCAAAAAUAUGCGUUCGCAUGGUCGGCAAUGUCCUGGCGUCGAUUUAAAUCGUAAUUUCGGCUAUAAAUGGGGUGGUCGAGGCACCUCGGCUAAUCCAUGCUCGCAAACUUAUCGCGGAACUAAAGCCUUCUCUGAACCCGAAGCCUUUUAUAUAUCGAAAUUUAUUAGUAGCUUUCCAAAAGAAACAUUUAAAGCCUAUCUAUCGUUUCAUUGCUAUGGCCAGUAUAUAUUGUAUCCAUGGGGCUAUGAUUAUUUGGACACUUCGGAUAUGGCCGAUUUAGAUUUGGUUGCUCGUCAAGCCGGAACGAGUAUAGCUAAAAGUUCGGGUGUCAAGUACACUGUAGGCGCCUCGGCGAAUACUUUAUAUCCAGCUGCUGGCGGCUCUGAUGAUUGGGCUAAGGGUAUAGCGGAAAUUAAAUAUGCGUAUACCAUUGAAAUGGGCGAUACCGGACGAUAUGGUUUCAUAUUGCCAGCAUGUUACAUUGAAAGUAAUGGCAAAGAUGCUUACACGGUCGUGGAUACUAUAACGCGUGCCAUAACAAUGGGCAAGAAUAGUCGGCGUCGGCGUAAAUUGAAAUUUCGAAGUGGUUAAACGCCUGACGCCUGACGCCUGUUCGCGAAAUUGUUGAAAAGUUUUUCUUAACUCGGAUUAUACAAAGUAUAAUCGCUUAUAUAACUUUUAGAGAAAUUAUUUAUUC